GGGCGAGAUCAAUCAAACCGUGUUCGAACAGUCGAGUGAACGGAGCAACUCCAGCCAAGCUAAAGCUAUUACUACUGUGCCUUUCUUGAGCAUCCUCAAACCCUGAACUCAUCAUGAAGUGUGCAACGAUCGUCUGUGCCAUUGCCGUUGUGCUGGCGGCUACCCUGCUGAACGGCAGCGUCCAGGCAGCCCCGCAGGAAGAAGCGGCUUUGGGCGGCGGUGCCAAUCUCAAUACCCUUCUGGACGAACUGCCCGAGGAAACGCACCAUGCCGCGCUGGAGAACUAUCGGGCCAAGCGAGCGACCUGCGAUCUGGCCAGCGGGUUCGGUGUGGGCAGUAGCCUUUGUGCCGCUCACUGUAUCGCCCGCCGCUAUCGCGGUGGUUACUGCAACAGUAAGGCGGUCUGCGUUUGCCGCAACUAAAGAACAAAAAACUCCCCCCUUUGGGGACACAGCUUACCAUCCAGGAAGGAGGGUGUGCCGGUCCGUACCAACCCCGAGCGGUUUCAAAGUUCCUACAAAAGUGGAUGAAUAGUUUACAACACAGCCUUAAAUCGUUUCGCAGCAAUUAAAUCGGGGAUGAAAAUCCGCACAAAUAAAACUGUGGCUCAAAAUAUGCUUCAAGUA